AUGUGGCUCCAGAAAUGGUCACCGGAUUUCAAGCCGGCGGAGGACCUGCCUAUUGCUCCGGUUUGGGCUCUCCUUCCUGGUUUACCUUUUCAUAUGCACACAUGGAAUUAUGUUAAACAAGUGGUGAGUGCAAUUGGUACUCCCUUUGAAAUGGAUUUGGCUACUAGAGGUAGAACAAGGCCUAGUAUAGCCAAAGUCAGAGUUGAAAUUGACUUGCUUAAGGACCAACCUAAUUCUGUGUACGUUGGGCAAAUAUAUGACAAUGCUCCUCAAAAAGGUUUUAUGCAAAAAAUUGAAUUUGAAGGAGUCCCUAAAUAUUGCAAAUUCUGUCGAAAACUUGGACACAAUAUGAUCAAUUGUAGAGCAUUAGAAAGGAAAAGACUGCUAAAAACAGAGAAUUGGAUGACCAAAAAACUGAAUGCUGAAAACAAAGGCACGGAUCUCAAUAACAAGAAGGAGGUUUAUGAGAAAGGAAAGACUAUCAAUAAUGGGCAGGAUAGAGAUAGUAUCACUCAAAAUCAAUUGAAGCGAAAGAAUGGGAAUGAAUCCGAUAAUUACCAGCAAAAACAUUCAAGCAACAUCAGGGGAGAUCCAGGAAGAAUACUAAGAAGAGAAAGUAAUCUUGAUGAAGUUGUGAGUGCUCAAAGGCAGUCGACUAACUAUAGAAAGGGGGAGCAAGUUGGAGCUGAUCAUAAUAAGGCUCCUUUGAGUUCAAGUUCAAGCAAGCAGGAACAUAAUGACUACAACAGUAACAGUGAUAAUAAAGAAGAUCAGCAGGAGUCAAUUCAUGACAAUGAUAGUCAAAAUGAAAAUGCAGAACUGGAAAACAGGAAAAAGGAAAAGAAAGCUUGA